AUGACCACAACUGCCCACACCCUCGAUGCAUAUGUGAACUCGUCGUCCUCGCAGAAGUACACGCCUCUUGCAGAAUCUCAGGAAAUACGCGACCGUGGCUCAAUAUUCUCUGCUACGAUCUUUCGCGCGCAGUCACCCACAGAAGCGCGUAACGCGAUCGCGCAUCUCAAGCGCUUCAUACAUGCCGAACGUCCUGCGUACGAGAUUGCUGCGUGGCGUUGCAUGAUCCUUAAGUCAGGCAAGAAUGGGCUAGGUGGACCUGAUGACUUUGAGCUUGCAGAAGGAUACGAUGAUGGAGGCGAGAAAGGCGCAGGGAUACGCGUGCUCAGCACGAUGAGGCGUGAGGGUAUCGUGGAUAAUGUUGUCAUCGUCAGCAGAUGGUUCGGGGGCACCAUGCUGGGUCCAGUGCGGUUUUCGCACAUAGAAAUAUGUGCUGGCGAAGUAUGCAAGCGACUACGGAAAACCGAGGAAAUGGAGGAGUGCCUCUCAACUCUUCGUACGCUUGAUGACCUACUCGCGGACCUCAGGGAAGAGUUUGCGAAAAUGACGGAGCCCACCCCCAAGCCAAUCGACACCUCCGAUGCAGCGCAGGAGUCGUUAGCACCGAAGCAGCCCAAGGCCGCUCUUAGAACCAAGAAGCCCGACUAUUCGUCUCUGGAAAGCACUAUGGAUCUUGCCCGCGCACGCAGACUAGUGACUGCCAGGGAGGGGGCAAUUAAGAGCGUCAAGACCAUGAUUGAGAAGAAGAGGAAGGAAGGAAGUCAUGCAGACAUGCGCAACUCCACUAUCAAUUAGGCUCAGUUACACGCGUGGUUCAAUGGUACAGAUGGCCUCUACACACCGUCAGACUAAGAUUUUUGACCGAUAUCCAGACUUCAAAUACCCACAGGCCUUUCGCAACAUGGAAUACACUUCAAGUAGCGAGGUGAUGUUGCAGAAUAGGACCAUCAGCUGUACUCGAUCUAAGACAACGAACAGGACUUACGCGCGCCCGUACAUGCGCACGUCGAGGAUACCUUCUUCGGGCCCGGAUCCGAGUCGGCGCCUUACCGAGGGGGUCUGACCUCACAUCACCGAAAAUCUAACAACCGUCUCUUCGUUAACGGAAACGUGAAACCCUGUGGCUCUGCUCCGCAAUAUAUUGAGUCGAAUGAUCGGGGAUAUGCAAUAAUCCGUAUCUCUGUAGAAGGGUUUCGUCUUCGAGUUGGGGCUUGUCAUACAAUGGGGACAACAGGCAGGCAUUUGGCAUUGAAAUAUUGAAGUAGGGUUCGCUAAUACUCCAUGUGAUGAUGCCCCAUGCCCUCUGAUCAUGAAUUAACAUGUCUGUAGAUUCGUGACACUUAUUGUUGUCCGCUUUGACACAAGUGAGGUCAGGGACGUACUGGUAGUUUAAAGGGUUGGGAGUGUCGACGAUGUCAACCCAGAAGGACCAUCCAAUGUAUGCGUAAAUAGGUGCAGUGCGAUCUAUGUAUUAAUCGUGUAAAUUAUCAUUUAUGACUCUAUGGGGAGAGCAGACCCAAUGGCAAAGAACAGAGCAACCGAGAGGUUACCAAAAGCCUCUGAUGAAACCAAACACCUUGUCCUUCGCCGAUGCAGGCAUCUCCUCUUCUUUGGCUUUCCGCUGUUGCACCCUCGAACUUGCAACAUUCCUACGGUCCACCGAACGCACCGCUGCAUCCCAAACCUGAUCCGACUCGCGGGUAUCCUGCUGCCCUAAUGUCGCACCUGGAGUAUAUCCAGAACUAGACGUCCUAGUGAGCGAGAAGCCCGAGUGGGGACCGUCUUCAUCGAUAAAGCCAGCGUUGGCUGCCUGCUCAGCCUGGAGGCGUGCGCUAGCCCUGACUCCCUCGAGCAAACGCUCUCGCUGGGAGCUCUUGGAUGCCUUUGAUUUCUUUGGUUUAGCAAUCGGUUGCGACCCCUCGACCUGGGCGCCGGCCUCCCAUGUCUGCCUGGCAUCGUUGGAAAGCGGGGUAUCCGAGAGGGAUAUAGGCUCUGAAGGGGAAGAACUCGCCGGAUCCGGAAUAGGCGUCCAUUCGGCUUCACUUAUACCAGCGGCAUCUUUGGUAGUUGCCUCGACGGUCUCGGGUGAUGACGUUGGUUCAACAGGAACGGGAGGAGGGAAGGACGGAUCCGGCCGGCCGAGAUCUUUUGCCCAUCGAGAGAGCGCUUGGCGCAUAAAUUCGCGGUCAGCGUUCGGCGGUUGAGGGACGUUAGCACCACUUUCGGUGUAAGGAGAAGAAGCGUUAAGGGGAGUAAGCUGCGCAAAGCCACCCCAGUUAUAAAAGGCUUGACCAAAAGCCUUGUACGAUGUCUGGCUAUAUGUCUUCGGUGCAUUUGAGUGGAAGGGAUGCUCACGAGCAGUCGGCUCAAUAACCACAUCGAGUUCGUGAACCCUCUCAGUUCUCUCGGACGACGCUAUAUUUGAUGUCUGCAUGUUUUGAGGUUCCAACAAGUCCUUGAGUUGUUCAAGUCCAACUCCAGGUCCGGUCACAUCCUCCGGAGCAGAAAGGGGCACCUUGAGAGAUACCCGCCCUCCAGUCACCUUGACGCGGUCCAUUGACUCUUGGGAGAGAAACUCGGCGAAUAUAGCAGAUUGAUACGCCGUCGGUUGUUCUGAAUCUCGGAGGAACUGGUAUUCCCGCAAUGGGCCAAACUUUCGCUCAAUGGCGCGAAUGACGGAGAACGCGUCGGCCAUGUUCAUUUCGUGCAUGCGCCCCGAGGCACGAAUGUAAAUAGUAGGGCGGCGCCUGCGAUCCACCGGUCUCGGUUUUGCUGGGCGUGUUUCGGCUUCUGCUACGCGGGGUGGAACAUCUCCUGGAGCAGCCUCUGAGGUGUCUACAGCUGCGUAUGCGCGACGCUGUGAAGCAUAUGCAAGACGGCGAGUCGCCUGUCUGCGCGUUGCGGGGAGCAUUGAGAGAGAACGAGAGCGAGACCCAGUAGACGCGACUGUG